CAGCCUGUAGAAGCAGCAGUAGAAGCAGCAGUAGAAGCACUAGCAGCAGUACCAGCAGCAGCCUGUAGAAGCAGCAGUAGAAGCAGCAGUAGAAGCACUAGCAGCAGUACCAGCAGCAGCCUGUAGGUGUCGCCCCCGCAGCGCCGUCAUGCAGAUGAACUGUAAGAACCCAACAGGCUGCGUUAGCUUCUCUUCUCUGUAAUGACGUUAGCCUGCUGGAUGUCUGUUUUCCGCCGUUAAUGAGUUUGGAUACCCAGAGGAACCGACAUCCAUUAAACCUCUCCGGUCAUCUGAAGCACAACCACCGUGUGACCUCCGCGGAGUCAGCAGCUAGCUCAGUGUCCACCGGGCGAUCCUGAAGGAAGUGGUGACCCUGCCUACCUGACACACUGCUCCCCCUGCACUCCCCCCAACUCUGCCACCCCACCCACUGUCCUGAUUGGGUCUCCGUGCUGCCGGCGGUGGAUUGGAGCACUCUGAUUGGAGGCUUUGCGAGGUGGUUUUUCGGUCUGGCGCCGCCUCCCCCCGGGGCCGGCGUGCGCUCCCAGCAGCCCGUGGUGCCCUGCGCCCCCCUGUCCCCGUCACUGCACACCAGAGCCCAUGCCCAAGGAGGAGGCGCGGUGCGUCCGCCAGGAGUCAUGUGCCUCCCUCACACCAACAACAUGGACAACAAGUUACAGGGGGCGGGGCAGGGGGGAGGGGCUGCACUUCGACCACGGUCAGGAGGCGUUCCACUGGAGCCCUUCGUACACCAGGUGGGGGGUCACACCAGUAUGAUGCGUUAUGAUGACCACACGGUGUGUAAGCCUCUGAUCAGCAGAGAGCAGCGCUUCUACGAGUCUCUGCCUCCAGAGAUGAAGGAGUUCACUCCGGAGUAUAAAGGUGUGGUGCUGGUUUGUUUCGAAGGCGACUCUGACGGCUACAUCAACCUGGUGGCCUACCCCUACGUGGAGAGCAACAUGGAAGGAGGGACCGCGGAGCAUGAGGAGCGCGACCCCCCGGAGAGGGAGCAACCGAGGAGGAAACACUCCCGGCGCAGCCUCCAUCGCUCCUCCUCCUCCACUGAACACAAGGAGGAGCGGUCCGACAGGAGGGAGUCGCACGACACCGACACUUCUGAUAACCUUGCAGAGCUGAAGAGUCCCAGGCUCGACCCAAAGAUCCACUCGGACGUUCCCUUCCAGAUGUUGGACUGGAACAGCGGUUUGAGUUCAGAGAAGAUCAGCCACAACCCCUGGAGCCUGCGCUGCCACAAACAGCAGCUCAGCCGCAUGAGGUCUGAAUCCAAGGACCGCAAGCUCUUCAAACCAGAGUUUCUGUUGUUGGAGAACGUGGUUCACCACUUCUCUUACCCCUGCAUCCUGGACCUGAAGAUGGGCACCAGGCAGCAUGGAGACGACGCCUCCGAGGAGAAGGCGGCCAGGCAGAUGAAGAAAUGUGAACAGAGCACUUCAGCGACGCUUGGAGUCAGAGUGUGUGGCAUGCAGGUGUACCAGCUGAACACCGGUCACUACCUCUGCAGAAACAAGUACUACGGCCGCGGCCUGUCGAUCGAAGGCUUCCGCGAGGCCCUCUACCAGUACAUGCACAAUGGAAAGGGUCUGAGGCAGGACCUCUUUGAGCCAAUCCUGAAUAAGCUUCGCAGCCUGAAGGAUGUGCUGGAGAGCCAGGCGUCCUAUCGCUUCUACUCGUCUUCACUGCUCAUCAUCUAUGAGGGAAAGGAACCUGAGGGCCCGUCAGUCCUCAGCUCUGGGCAGCAUGCAGCUUUGCACCAGAAGACUCCUGCGGCCGCCGCAGAGCCCCACCGUGGCCCCGGCCCCCACGCACCUCCGGCCCCAGGCGCUCCCUGUGAAACGGACUUGAGCCAGAACCCAGAGCCGGGGUCACUGUCCUCUCAAGGACCUGGACUGAAGGCUACCCCCUCCGCUUGUCCUCCUCCACCGGCCCCACCCUCCAAGUCAGACUGCCACUCCUUCCUCCCCCCUCACCCCUCGCCUCACCCCCAUCCAGACUCCUCCUCCUCCCCCCCUGCUCCCAGCUUAAUAUCCUCCCCCCCUCCUCCCACCGCCCAAGCCCAGCAGCCCCCCCUGGUGGACGUACGUAUGAUCGACUUCGCCCACUCCACCUUCAAGGGUUUCCGCGGCGACACGGCGGUACACGAUGGGCCGGACCGGGGCUACGUGUUCGGACUGGAGAGCCUGGUCCAGAUCCUGGAGAGCCUGCGGGACGACAACCUGCCGUAGCUCCAAAUACACACACACACACACACACACACACACACACACACACACACACACACACACACUCUUUUACACACACACACACACGCAUACACACACACACACAGCUUGUUGUGAGUUAGUUGAGGUCGUACAGUCAGUGCAGGUCGUGCCGCGGCGUUCUUAAGUACGGAGACGGCUGUAAAUAUGGAACAAGGUUCUUCAGGACGUCACCAUGGCAACAUGGCCAUUCUACAGUUGAGUAGUUACUAUAGCAACAGCCAGGAGGUGGGACAGUGGAGCCAAAAUGGCUGCAACUUCAAGUUGAUAUGGAGAACCUCUGUCCGUCUGAGGCUCUGCAAAACACGAGCACACACACACACACACACACACACACACAUACACACACAUACACACACACGUUUGUACUUCUAUACUUGUGAGGACCUGCAUUGACAUAAUUCAUUCCUCAGCCCCGAACCCAAACCAUCACAAUCCAUCCUUAAAGCCUCCCUCAACUCGCAAAAGUGUUUCUCUUCUUUACUUCACCUGGAGGUUUGAGCUUCACUGUGCAGAGUUUGACACCAGAAGGCUGUUUUCACAUUCAUCUGCUGAAGCGGGAACAUUUCUCUGUGCUCACCUUAAAUCUCAGUUUAACACGUCUAUGUCUGAGCAUCUCAACUGGUUUGGAAGCCCCCAAUAAAAAAUAGGGACAAGUAGUAGAUGUAAUUCAAAGACUUUUAAUGAGACACAAGACCAGACACAAAUUACUAUUCAAAGUGGAGAAUUUUUGUGUCUUAAAUCUUAGUAAGUUAAUGCCACUUCAUUAUCGUCAUUGCAGCACGCAGGUUUGGGUUGCUUAGUAACGGCAGGCGCGACAGUAGCGCAACCUCCGAAGCACCUUGGGUAAAAAGUUGAAAGCGGCACAGCUGGCGUUUUCCGCGUAUUUUCAGACGCGGCAUGUAAACGGCCCCUUAUUCUGUCACAGUGAAGCUCCAACAUCCAAAUAAAGUAACCAAAAUACAUUUAUGAGUGGGGGGGGCAGGCGGGGACUUUAACCAUAACACCAAGUCAGACUUUGAAGGAUGUGAUGACCGGCCAAAAAAUGUCAUCACUCUCAAGGUCCAAAACUUAAAUUGGUCCUCACUAAGAUAGAUGAACAAGACCACACACACACACACACACACACACACACACACAUCCUGGGAACAGUUGUCUGUGGAGCUGUCUGACAGCACAGCGGGACGGAGCGUCCUCUCUGAACGACCAAUCAGCUGAAUCCCAGGGGCUGCCCACUGAAGUUGGCCAACACUCACCCCCCCCCGACCCCCCCUCCUCCUCCUCCUCCUCACUCCCUGACUCCCCUCCCCACCCCCCACUCACCUCCACUCCUCCUCACCCCUCUUUCUCUACAGAAACCAAACCUGGACAGGUGAACAGACUCUUUAAGCGUUACCUUGAAAACGCACUCAGAAACACAUCCAAGCAUCUGUUAAAGCAAUAGAUGGCGAUGAUAGAAGGCGACUUUUUUUGUUCAGCAGUGCAGAGGGCGGCAUCGCCCGCAGGGAGAGCGGCGAUAAAGUGCAACGUAGAAGUAGGCUUUAAGGAGAGAAUAUAGAUACUUUCUAAAAACGCUGUGUGUUCGUUUUUAGGGCUUAAUUCAAAAACGUUAGUAGUCGGUGUCCUGUAAAAUCAUCCUCUGGGUUAUUGUGUAAAGUGUCACUUUCCCAAAUCUGGUCUGCAGAUAUUUUUUCUUAUUUUCAACAAAUCCCAUUAAAAAAAAUAUUCAAACCAACAAUGAACGGAUCUACUAACACGUAUUGUGUAAAUCUAAAGCUGAUAUAUCUUCUUCCUCUGUGCCAUAGAGCUCCAAAAAAUAUUACAAACACAUCAAUGAGCCCCAAUGUGUCACUGGGUGACAUGUUCCUUCAUCACCAUGAACACACACACUAGUUUAUUCUGACUCAAUCCAACAGACGCCGUCCUGCUGCCCCAAAUACUCACUAGAGCACCAAAUGUGAAUUAAUCUGCUGCUGAAAAUAGUCCCCGACAAAUGCACCAUAUCCUCCUGUUUGAGUGACGUUUGCUAAAAACUACAAUGACCAGCUGUUUUAGGAAAUAUUUUAAAUGUGAGAUUGAAAAUUAUUUUUUUUAAUGUAUCAAAUUAUUUGGGGGAUAUUUUAUUUCGUUUAUUUUUAUUACAGUAGAGAAAUCUUCUGGCCAGACUCUAUGUGGGGACUUUGUUGUUCAUGGUCGGCACCUUGACCCCCUCGGCCACCAUGGUGUCCCUGAUGGUUGACAAAACAAUCUUCCCACAAUGUCCUUUUAGUAGCUUUUAUGGUGCUUUCAGUCUUCCUCGGAAGAUUGAGUUGUUCAAAUUUCCAUAAAAAAAACAAAAACGUUGAAGACUUUUUGUCCAUGUUGGCUUUUAAAGAUUAAAAGCUCCAGAACAGCUACUCAUUACUGUUUCCUGUUGCUGUUUUUCCAAUGUCAAGAGUGAACUUUAAAUUCCUACUUUCAAUUUAAUUGUUUCGUUAGCUAUAUAUCUGUGAGCCAUUUCUAAAGAUUUUCAUCUUCAAGAGGAACAAAUGAGCUGAGAGCCACAGACAGGAAGUCAGAUAGUGUUGAGAGGCGGACUCACACGUUGUUGGUUUGGGUCUUUUCAUGGGAUUUGUUGACGAUACAAAAAAUAUAUAUAAUAAUACCAGCCUUAUUCUUUAAGUUUGGGCUGUGUGAUAUGGUUGAAUAGCAAGAAUAUUUAAUAAGAAGAAUAUUUUUCUUACAUAUAUUAUAUACAUAUAUAUAUAUGUGAUAAAAUCACAAUAUGGCAAAUCUGCGCAACAAAUCAUACAAAAUAUUCAAAUUCAUGUUCAUUACAAUGAACUGUGUUCCAGAAAAAAACAAACUCCACUACUUUUUCCAAGUUUUUUAAUUAUAAUUUUCCUUGUUAUCAUUCAUUUGGACAUCAUCAUUUUGGAAAACAUGAUGUGUUUAAAUAAUCAUGAUCAAUUCAAGAUUUUGAAUGUUGGAACUAUUGUCCAGCCUCAAAUGUGUCAUGACACAGACAAAAGAAAAUACAGUUCAUCGUGCUGUAACUGUCAGCAGAAUUGGGCACAUUUCAUUUGAAGAUGUCACCACUUAUCUCAUCUGAUUGGUCCUGAUGAGACAGUGUUGGCCAAUCACAUUUGUCCAUUCAUGCUUCUUCCUCCGACAAGUUCCAGAGGCCGGCUGUGACGCAGCACCGCCCCCUGCUGGACAGCAUCAGGAACUCAACCCCCACAGGAGCUGGAAUAAGAGAGAGCAAAUAUGAAUAUUUUAUUUUUGGUUUAUCGAGGUGAUAAUUUAUUUUUUUAUUGUACCUUUACCCAUGUGUGUGGGUAAAUGUUUUGUCUUUUACAUGUCCCCACCCCCACCCACCCAAAUGUAUAAAAUGUAAAGAAAUUCAGAGACACGUGGGUGAAAUGUCAGGAGAAUUACGCAGUAUUAUUUGAGCUAACUCAAGUCUGUUUUAUUAGCUGCUGACUCCGCUUCAGUCGAACUCUGAUUGGGUACCAACAGACGAAAAAACAGAUUGUGUUUCACGAAGAAAACUGUCGCUGUAAAGCCAGACUUCAGUGAGCUCAGUGAGCCCAACACUUCUGCCUGCUGUGGAGUUGUUGCUCUGGUGGGAAGCACUAUUGAAUGUGUGUGUGUGUGUGCGUGUGUGUGUUAGAACAGGUAGACACCAUCUUUAGUCUUUGGUUUUCACUUCACAUUUUAAGGAGUUGGUAAAGAACUGCAUGCACAUUAACGUCCUCCUGUUUGGGUCACUUUCCACCACAGCGUCGAGCAUUCUUGUUCCAGUCAUCACAGAGUCAGCAGCGAUGGUUCACGUGUCCUCUCAGAUCAUGAUAUCUCAUCAUGGAUAUUAGCCUCAAUGAUUGAUCAGAGUUAUUUAGCAGCAUUUUCUGCAUCUGACAUCAUCCUGACUGUUUGUUAGAACAGUGAAAGUAAGUGAGAUUAAAUCUUUCCAGAAGCUUU